AUGAAUGAAUUCGAUAAACAAAUUCUGGAUUCUAUUGAUCCCAAAGAUACUAUCCAUGACGAUUGGAUUCAAACCUCUCUACUACUAAAUACUCCACAAGACUUCGUGGAUAUAUUAGAUUAUAACUUUUAUCGAAAUCUAUGUGAAAAGAAUGCGAAAAAUCAAUGGGCUAUCUACACUUGGGAACGAAUCCUCAGUUUAAGUUUUAUAAAACCAGCAUUUGAUAAAACCAAAGAAGUUCUAGUGAAACUGAAUCAAUGGAUGACAAUCGUUAAACAUGAUCGAUAUGAUGAAAAUGACGUAUUUACCAUUAUUUUUAUCAAUCAACUAUUUAAACAUGUGAUUUCACGAUAUUCUAAAUCGAUUUUGUCCCUUCCGAAUAUUGAAAAUAUUAUGGAUUUUAUUAUUUCAUUGCAAAAACAAAAUGAUGGAACUUCUAUUCGUGAAGAAAUGACUCGUUUCGUCAAGCAAGUAGAACAAUCGAUCAGCAAUGUUAUAAAACUACAGGAAAGUUGUGCGAUGUACCUUGAUUCGUCGAAAGAGUCGAUCGCUGAUUGCUUUGUUUCAAGUUACGAUAUAAAGUCAAUUAUAGAUUUAGCGAAUCCACAGGUCUUCAAAUUUCCUACAGUUCCAACAAAUUUGAUAUCUCUACUACAACCAGCACCAAGUGACAUAAACAUUAACAUCAAUGAGCCUCGUGUUACCUACUAUCAUCACUUUCUCGAUCAGGUCAAACACUGGAUUAAAUGGUAUGAUGAAAUGACAGCAGUUCUUAUUCAUAUUAUCAAUUUUCUGAAAGGAUUUCAUAUCGAAAAUGCAAUAUUAUUGUACGCAGAUUUACAUCGAGCGAGAGAUAAAUCAAAAAUAACAGUUACAGAAAUGAAAGAAUUUGUUCAAAAAACUUUUGCACUAGUUCAACCAUUCAAGAAUCUUCGGAGACUUUGUAGCAUGAUGAAUUGUUUAGUUCCAUUUCAAGUUCUUAAUACAGCAACAAUUAAUGAAGAACAUAAAUCUUCGAAAUUUAUUGAACAAGUAAAACGAUCUCAUCCAGAUAAUUUCUUUAAAAUUAUGGCUAAGAAAACCGCAUUUCGAGAUAUUAAAAUUCAAGAGCGUCACCAGAUUCAAUGGUUUAUCGCUAGUGAACGAUUACAAAUUAUUGUACACGUUACGUUUACUCCUGACGAUAAUCAUGGAAAGAUGAAAGUGCUGUCCUUAGGUGAUACACUUAGUGUCGAGAGACAUACAAUCGAAGGUGAAUUUGAAACUUUAAGCAGUGGAAUGUUGACAAUAGAAGUGAAUAAUGAAAAAGGACAAGUUGAUCGAGUGGUUUGGUUUCGUGUUAAACAGGCUUCAGUAUCAAAAUCUCAUCUUUUCGAAGGAAUUUUCAAUAUGAUAUAUUCAUCAUCUUGCGGCGAAAACGAUCGCAUUGUUACUGGAAAAGACUUGGCUACAGUUUUGGAGAGAGUUUUUCAAUUUAUUGAUAGCCUUUUGAAUGGACGAAUGAAAUUAAAAGAUAUGGUUGAUCUGAAGGCUAUCUUUUGCAACAAGAAUAUUAAUGUCCGCGAUGAAGUGAAAAAGUUAUUUUCCUAUCGCUUGAUAGCCAAUGAUAAUAACCAACAAGAACCAGUUAAAAAUACUGAAGUUACAGAACAAGAAAUCGAACAAGUGUGUGAAUGGUUGCAGAUUUAUCAAUAUUACAGUUACAUUAAUAUUAUUGUCACUUGUGUACAGCAAUUCAACAUUAUUUCAAAUGAUAAUGCUGAUGAAACGAUUAAUUCAAUCAUACAGUUAAGCGACGAAAACUGUUCGCUAAAAGAGAUUUCUGAAAGAUAUCGAAAUCUCAAGCAACAAUUUCGAAAAUUAACCAGUCAACAUUUACAACUGAUCAAAACAGCAUCCGAAUGUUCAAAUGUUAUCCAAAUGAUGAAAAAAGCUGAAUUAUACACAACUCAUGGAAGACGUCGCUUUCAAGAGCUAAGAGAUAAUUUAACAACACAAUUUCAACUUCAGGAAAGAAACAAUAUGAUUCUUAAUUCGUGGAUUAUCGUCUACGGACUUUGUGAACCUUUUACAAUGAAAGCAAAAACUCUUGAAGAUUUCGUUGACAGUGUAGCUAAGUUACCUUACUUCGAAGAUACUCCAGUGACACACAUGCAAAUUGUCAACGAUAACAUACAACUUGUCAAUAUGUGGCUAUCAGCUGAAGAUGCAAACGUACUAGAUAACGCCUUGAUAACUAUGGAACAUCUCUAUCGUAGUGGCGUCGUUCAUAUUCAAUUAAGACGAUUGAUUAACGAAGAAUCAAAAUUUGAAAUUGAGUAUUCAAUCAAUAAAACUCAAACCUUGAUCAAGGAAGAUCCGGAAAAUUUAGUCGACGAAAAUGAUGGAUUUCAACAGCCAAAAGAACCUGAGAAAAUUAAAUUUGUCAUGGCUACAUCUGAAGUUGAUGAUCAUAAACUGCAGCUGACAUUUUGUAAUGUCGAUCUUUCUGAAGCAAUGAAAUCGAAAAGAAUUUUAUUAAAUGAACAAUUGAAACUAUUGAACACGGUCAACAAUAUCUAUUCAACAAUGAUUCAAUUAGAAAUGGCCGGUCAUCCCGAUUAUCAAUUGAAAGAAGAAACACUUCAAUUGUCUGAUCGUGCAGGUGAAAUUAGUCGAAUUCUAUCUCGAAUGAAAGAUAAUGAAAAUGAAGAGAUCGACAUUUUGAAAAGACUCGUUGAAAGACAAACAGAUCAACUUCAUUUAAUUCAUCAGCAAAUGGUAAUUAAUUACAAACUCUGGUUAGAACAUUUAGAAGAAUAUCGAAAGUUGACACGUCUAUUACAAUUGUUUUCCAAUCGUCAAGUGAUGAUAUUGAUCAUUCUAUUGACCAAAUCAACAGAAGAUAAUCGAACAAAAUCGAGUUUCCUUAAAAAGGUACAUUUCAAAAGUGAUAAGAAUUUCAAUGAUAAUCGAGAACUUGAGUUAACGAUUGAAUCACUGAGACAUUAUUUACGUUCAUUACGUUUGUUUACUUGUGAUCUAUCAACUGAGAAUAUCCAACGAUUAUAUGUCAAACAUCAAAUACCGAACAGAUCCAAUAGUGAAUCAUGCUUGAAGAAAUUAUCUGCAUUCUUGAAAGAACUUCUUCAUGAUGGAGAAGAAUUAUUUAUCGAGAGAACAACAGUCAAUGACAAUCAGCAAUAUUUAGUCACAUUGACUCAUAAAGAUCAAUUAGCUGAACCAAAUCCACUUGAUCAUGAUCUUGAUAUGGAAACAUUUUCAAUUCUUGUUAAUAUUCUCAGUCAUCGUUUACCAGCAUCGUUUCAAAUCCUUUGGUGUUCUCAUGCAACAGAAGAUGAUAUUCAUCUAUUCUUCAUUCGUAUUCAAACAUUCUAUCAUCUCACAUUUGUGAUUAUGGAUAUCGACAAGAUGCAUCAUCGAUUAAGAGAAAUAUUGUUCAACGAACAAGAUAUAUUGACGAAAUAUGAUCGACCACAUGGUGAAGUUUAUUAUUUCUCGAGAGAACUAACAUCAAGAAAAGGAUUACGACCGUACCAUAUAACGCCACAAAUACGAAACUCAGUAGUGGCCAAUAAAAAACUUAACGAGCUAUUUCAAAGUAAUAAUUUAAUCAAACCUCGACUACGUGUAAUUUGUGGAAAGGCUGGUAUCGGUAAGUUGAAAAAAUUCAUUUGUGCCAGUACUGAUGACCUCUAUCUUCCUUUAGGAAAAACCCAUCGAAUUAAUACUCAGUACAAAACUCCGCAAACUUUAUCUAUGAGUAUUAAUGAUCGAUUGCAUUUGACUACAUUAAUCAAUACAUUGCUCUCAUUUGAUUCAACAAAAAAUGAUGAAGAGCCCAAGGUUUAUUUCAACAUUUCAAUUCAUGCUCCAUUCAUUGAACUUAAUCGUACAUUCUUUUCGUUAUUUGUUUGUGGUGCAUUGUCGGAUACGGAUAGUGGUUUAGCAUUUUCAUUACCAAAUGAUCACCCAUGGACAUUCUUCAUUGAAAUUCCUCAUACAGAUAAAUAUAAUCGAAAUAUUAGUGAUAAUUUCAUUCAAAUUCUUUCAUUGUUAUCUUUAUUGAAUUCAAAUAAUUUUGAAGAAGUUACUGAAAACAAUCACAGACUUCAUAUUGGCAAGCAAGAAGAACUUGUAGCGCGAUUUCUGAAAGCAUAUAUAGAUGGAACAAUAAACCGACUUUACGUCGAAACUACUGCAGAAAAAGAUACUGGAUUGCAAUUCGCUCCAUUGAAUAAUGAAGAAGAAUGUCGACGUCAGAUUAACGAUUGUAUGGCAAGAAAUGCACAAGAAUUACAACGAAAUAAAAUAUCUGAACUUUCAUUUGUCAAGUUUUUAUAUCGACGUGUUCGAUUUUUUACUGACUCUGGAUUUUAUCGUUUCAACGACAAUGAUGAAUAUUUAGGCACACGAGCGAUGGAACAAAUGAUAGAAGAAGCGAAAAAUCUUUCACAAAUGAACUUUCAAAGAAUUGAUUAUCCUCGAAUAUUUCUCGUUUAUGAUCCUGGUUUCUCACUUUAUUUGCUACAUACUGAGUGGGAUUGCGUGCCUCAAAAUUUGAAAGAAAUUUUCAAGCGAGAAGAUCCAGCAAAACGAAAAGAAUUUAAAGAAAAAAAUUAUUUUGCCAAAUGUUUGUCUUGGCUUCUAGAUAUUUCAUAUGAUGAUUUUAUGGAUGUAAUGAAGGAAACGAAGUUUAUUCUUACUGGAAACUUUACCUACAAGCUGUUUCAUGUUCAUGAAAGAAAAUUAACGAAGCUUCCUUUAAUUAUUGAAGGUCAUACGGGUGUUGGUAAAACAUAUUUACUAAAAUUUUAUUCGAUGCUACUCAAUGCAAAGCUUACAAAAGGUUCUCUCGAUGAGAAAGUAUCACCACGUAUUCGAGAACGAAUAUGUGUGUGGUUACGUAAGGCAGUGAUUGAAACAAUAUUGGAGAAGAACCCCUAUUUGUACGAUGCAAUAUUGAAGCAAAUUCAACCAAAAAUAUCUAGAAAUAAUGAGCAAAUUAAUCAACCAGAAAUCGAUCUUCCAUUUCAAAACCAGGAUGAAGAGGAAGAUGAUGAUGAUGAUGAUGAAUUUGAGGUGGAAGCAGCUAUAGAACAAAUACCUCUUCCUGGUCGAGCAGUCCGACCAAUCGAUGAUAAAUUUUCGAAAGAGAUCAAAUCCAUACUUUCAAGUCAUGGUUAUGAUAAUGGUAAAUUACGACUUAUUUGGAAAACAAUUAUCAAUAUUACUCACAAUACAGAUUUACAAACAUAUCGCAUAUUAAAUAAAUUACUUUACGAACACAUCACAUUUCAUAUUACAAGUUUUCCUCUGAUGAAUAUCACUCCUCAACUUGGACAACUACUGAAUCCGAAUACUCUCGAAGAAUCACCUCUGAACUCAAUCAAAUUAUUUGAUGAAUAUUUAAUGCAUAUAAAUACUAAAUCAUUAUUCUAUCGUCUUCUCCUUCAUCCAGGUAUUGCAGAAGAACAAUUAGAAGAUUUUAUGAAACCAAUAUGUCAACUGGCUAAUGAAGUUCCUGAUGUUGAAUUAGUGAUAUUUUUCGACGAGGUAAAUACUUCAUCAUGCCUUGGAUUGUUCAAAGAAAUGUUCAUGGAUGGUACUUUACAUGGAAAUAAUUUGCCUACGAAUAUAUUUUUUACUGCUGCAAUUAAUCCAUCGUCAGUAAAAGAGGAUGAUAAAAAGGCGGUCCAUCGUAGUGAUUAUCUUGUUCAUCAAUUACCACAAGCUCUGGAAAAUCUGACAAUUUCAUACAGCACAUUAGAAUCAGAUACAUUGAAGGAUUAUAUCACAAAGAAAAUCACUACAUUUUCUCUUCCAGGACAAAAAUUGACAUUUAUCGAUUUCUACAUUCAAGAAAUGCUCACCGAUUGUAUAUUAAAAGCUCAAGAAUUCUGCGAAGAGUUUCUAGGAAAAAAUUCUGUUUCUCAACGAGAAAUUCAACGAUGUUUCAAUCUAAUCGAAUUCUUUUGGAAAAUGAGAUUCGAUGAUGAUACAGUUGAACCUGAUGUAAAACGUUGUAUUGCGUUGGCAUUAGCUUUGACCUAUUACUUUCGACUUCCAACGAAAGAAGAUAAUGAUCAACGAAAUGAUGAGAAAACUCCACCACGAGAAAAGUUGGCUAGUAUUCUAUCGCGAAAAAUUCCAGAUUUCGUCGGUAUCAUAGAAAGAGAAUUGGUAAAUUUUGUUAAUCCAAACAAUUUUCUGAUUCCUCAAGGUGUUGCGAUUAACCAAGCAGUUCGUGAGCAUAUCUUUGGUAUUGUGGUUAGCAUUGUUACUAAAACACCUUUGUGCAUCAUCGGUGCUCCAGGUCAAUCGAAGACACUCUCGUUCCAGAUCGUUCUUCAGAAUCUGCAAGGUCCGCAAUUAUCAAAUACAGCAUUUUGUAAAAAGUUACCUGCCAUCGAUCCUUUCUUCUGUUUGGGUUCGAAAUAUACUCGAUCAGAAGAUAUUGCAUACAUUUUGGAUCGCGCUAUUAAACGUGAACAACACUACGAACAGAAUCGAAUGAAAACACGAUGCGUUGUGUUCUUAGAUGAAGCGUCACUACCCGACGAGAAAAAAAUGGUUUUGAAAGUAUUACAUCCUUAUUUGGAUGAAUGUAAAGUGGCUUUCGUUGCUGUUGCCAACAAAUCGUUCGAUGCUGCCAAUGCCAAUCGAAUGAUCUGUAUUUAUCGAUCUUUACCAUCGAGAGAAGAUCAACACAUUCUGGCUUAUGGAUGUCUGGGUUUGAAAAUCGAUAAUCAACAACAGCGAGUCAAUGAUCGUCUGAAAAAAAUUAUUAAUGGUCUUUGUCAAGGUUACCGUCGUUUAUUGAGCACUCAAUCUAUUCCACAAAUUUAUCAUGAUCGAGAUUUUAUUUACAUGUUACGUCAAUUACGCUUCGAAUUAACGACGACAACAGAUGAACAGGAAACACAUGUCGAUGGUAUUACACCUCUCAGUCUUCUUCAUGCAUUGGAAGAAAAUUUCAAUGGGAUUUCGAAAGAAAAAUUCGAAGAACUUCUUCAAAUUUUUUUCAAAGCUGUCAAAGAAGAAUGUCCAGAUUUUCGAUUACCACCGAACCAACGCCGAAACAUACCAACGAUUCUUCAUCAAUCGAUGAAAUUGGAUUCUGUUCGACGCCGACUCUAUGGACGAUAUAAAUUAAUUAUUGAUGAAUCAGAAGAUGAAAGCGCUGUACGUCUAUUGGCACAGAGUGGCGUUCUUGAUCUUGAUCCAAAUAAAAUAGUUGUCUUUCGAAUGUCCGAUUUUCCAGAUGAUGUCAAUAAUGAAUUACGAAACGUCGAGAUUCUUUCAACGAUCAAAUUAUGUAUGGAAACAGGUAAAACUAUUCUAAUGAUCAAUACUGGACGUAUUCAUGGUUCACUUUAUGAUGUUUUCAAUCAAAAUUUCUCGAUUAUGGCUACAGGUGAUAACAGAAAAAUCUGGUCAAAAGUUGCCAUUGGACCAAAAACGAUCGAUGUUGUCGUUCAUGAAGAUUUUCAAUGUAUUGUUCAUAUCAAUCGAAAUGAAUUCAAAGAGAUUCCAGCACCAUUUCUAAGUCGAUUUCAAAAAUAUUCAUUAUCAAUUAAAGAUUUUUAUCAAAUUCGAUGGGCUAAACUUUCCAACGAAGAACAGAGAUUGAUGGAACAGGUCGAAGAAAAAGCUCAAUCAUUUGUUGAACAUAUUGGACAACAAUAUUUCUAUGGUCUAAGUUCAAAUACACUUUAUUCGUGUUUAUUAGGAUUGAUCAAGAAAAAUGAUGAAGAAGAACGUUAUUAUCUGAAUAUUCCUCAACAAUACACACAAUUAACAAUGAAAUCAAAAUCCGUGAUAGAACACAAUUUAACCAAUAUUUUUCAAUGUCUUCUACGAUCAGUUCUUUCGAAACUAAUGCAAUUGAUCUCUCCAGAAUCCAUUAUUUUAAAACUACCAACUUUUGAAGAUCAAGUAUCACGUUGGAUCUGUACGAAUUACUUUGAAAAUCAAGAACAUUUCAGUCUUGAAAAUUUUCUUCGAACUUUGACGACAUCACCAAUAUCAUCAAUGGAUAUUUUCGAUUUGGAAAAUAGUAACGAUCGACCAAAGGAAAUAUUGCGUUCGACAACUAAAGUAAUGAUAUUUACACGAACAUCAUCUCAUAUCACUGGUCUCAAUCAACAAACUAAACAUGAAUUAUUUUCAUCUUUAAAUGAAGAUGAUUUAAAUCUUUUCACUGAUAAAGUUGAUAUUCUCAAUUUGUCGAUCAUCGAAAAUUCUGCUGAAUUAGAAGAACAAUUUAUAAAAUAUGAAAACAAUACUGAGAAAAAUUUACUGAUGAUUGUAAUUAACAGUCGUAGCAAUCAACAACGUUUACAUAUUCCAUAUAUUCGACAAUUAAUUGAUAAAGUUGAUUAUCGAUGUAAUUCAGAAAAACAAGAUAAUUUCAAAUAUUUUCUUCUACUCGUACAUUCACCAGCACAAACAAUUUAUCAUCAAUCAUCAUUUUCAUCGAUAUUUCUACAUCAUUGGGAUUUUUAUUUCUUCGAUACAUGUUUAUCAAAUAAUUCAUUUUAUAUAAAGAAUUUCAUACAAAUUCUUACUUCUUCUUACGAUAACAAAGCACAUCAAAAUGAUAAUCAAAUACUUUGUGAUUACAAUGUUUUAUUUGACGAUUGUCUUUGGGAUUUUUGUUCUCGAAUUCAAAUUGUUCUUCAACAAUUAUCAAGUGAUUUAUUUGCGAAUCGAUCUGCUUACGAAUUUUAUCAACGUCAAACAAGUACAUUUCGACGUGUUCAAUAUUUGAAAGAAAUUCUUACACAAUGUACCGAAUUACAAAAACGAAUUGUUAAUAAAUAUCAAAUGUAUCUAUCAUUAAAAAAGAAUGCAUCAAAGAAAAUUUACACAUUAAUCUAUCAACUUUCCAAAGAUAUUCUUUGCGGAAAACGUUUCGAUGGUCUUGUUGAUUCGAUUCAAUCUCAAACUCGACUUUCCUUCAACAAUUUUGUAUGUAAUAUUCUCAAACAUAUCGUUAAUGAUUAUGGAUUAGAAACUUUAUCGAAACUUUCGAAUAUCAAUGAUGGAUAUGAUACUAUGUUGAAUCUAAUUGAUCAUGUAUCAGUAUCAAAUGAACAAGAAAAUGAUUUACUUUCAACUAAUAGUCAAACUAUUUUUCAACUAGUGACACAUUAUGCAUGUAUUCCUCAAACGCCUCUCUAUCAUCUUUUUCAUCAACGAAUUAAAUCCUAUUCCGAUGAGAUUAAAUUGAGAUUCAUUGAAAGAACAGCCGAACAGAAUAAUAUGAAUGAAAAUGAACAUACUGUUGAAGAAUUUCGAUUUGAAUUGAUCAAAGCAAUUGAAAAAGAUUCGAUUUUAAUGAAAAUUGUCAAUAGAUCCGUUUUAGAAACAUAUUCAAAUGAUUUAGUUCAAACAUUUUGUACGAUUGUUGAGAAAAAUUUUACUGAUGAUCGUGUCAAAUGUCAAAAAUCAAUUGAAUUUAUCUCUCGAUGGUUACGUUUAGUCGAUGAAAAUGAACAACGAGUAUUAGAUGAAUAUCGUCAUGAAGAUAUUUGGCGAUUAGCUCAUGUUUACACAUCGUUUGAAUACGAUCGAAACGAUUUAUUUUCUUUAUAUUCAGCAUGUCGAAUAAUGGAUCGUCUUGAUCAAACUCAAAUGUUUUAUCAUCAAUUAUUUGACAAUGAGAAUUCAACUCGAAGUCUUAUUCGUGAACGUUUAUUUCGACGAAUGUUUGAUGAUCUAUGGGAAAAUCUUUCUAAUGUAUGUUUUAAUCAUCAAACUAAAGAAACAUGGAUUUUAUGUUAUACAAUGAUAUCGAAAUAUUAUCCAUCUAGUAAAGUUCUUGAACAAACACAACUGAUUGAUAUUAAAUCUCGUAUUGAAUUUAUGAAUUUGGCUUAUUUUAUUCUUCUUAAUGAAAAUUUAACAAAAUCUGAAGAACUUGUGAUUAAAUUACUUCAACAAUUCGAAUUUCUUCAAGAGAAUGAGCCAAACUAUUUUGGUGGACAACAAAAAUCACCCUAUAUUGAAAGAUAUUCAUCGAUUGUUGAAACUGUUAACAAAUAUAUCGAAGAAAACAAUCUUCCGAAAUCUACAUUAAUGAUUGAUAUUCAACAAUGGGUAAUUUCAAUUUUAAAAGCAAAUGAUACAGCAUAUCGUGAAGAAAUAUUUUCAUUAUUUAAAUAUUUAAACCAACCAAUUUGUCCGUUAUCAUUGACGAUAAAAGAAUUUCUUUUUGAUGAAUUGGCGAAUAUAUAUCUCAAAUAUUUACCACGAAAUCAAAUGGUUAAAGAUACAUGGGAUCGUAUUCAUCUUCUUCCAACAAUGAUUCGAUGUGUAUCGGAUGGAAACUUACUUGAAAACUAUCGUUUACCAUAUCAUCCAUCAGUGAUCAAUCAAGAAAAUACUCGAUCGAUAUUGCUCGAUCUUUUCUUUUCUUAUAUGAAACGAUUGAUGACUAAUGAAGUAGUUCAUUGUACAUUGAUCAAUAAAAUUAUACAAUCGACAACUCCAACCAUUGAUAUUCGUCAACUUCAACCGGUAGUCGAAACUGUUUUUCGACAAUUAAAAGAUUAUUUUCUUAUUCAAUUGACAGCUCUUCUUCUCUGCCAAACCGAUCGAUCAGUUGAAGAUCAACAUGAUAUCAAUCGUAUUCUUUUGUAUAUGAUCAAUAAUUAUCUAUCGAUUCAAAAUAAUGCAACAGAAUUGAAUGAACCACUUCAAAAUUUUCUUUCGAUCAUUGUUUCUAAAUUUUCAUGGAAUUAUCUGUUAAAAAUACUUAAAUCAGAUGAUAUUCAACAACAAAAUCAACAGUGGUCAAUAACUUUAGCUCGAUUUUUUGAGACUGAACAAGCAAUACCAAUAAAACAAUCGUCAUUACAAAUGAGUCAUCAGCUAGGAUUCACAUUAGGAUCAAAUGAUGAACAAUCAAUCUUUCCACAUCUUCAACAACCCUAUAUAGAAUUGAAAAGAAUUAUUGAUCAAUGUAUUAAUCAAAAUAACGGUGAACAACGCUGGAAACUAUUUACAGAUUGGAUUACUGUGAAUCGUCAAGGAAAUCCACCAAAGCUGCAACUUAAUGAAAUCAAAGUGAUUGUUUUAGUAAAUAUUUACUAUGAAUAUUUUUGUCAAGAUCGCUUAACAUCGAUUGAUUCAUUAUUACCAAUUAUUGAAAGAAACUUGGAUCUUUCAGUAGAAGAAAGACUUGUUUUUCGAGCUCUUAGUCAACCCGAACAAUCAAUGAUUGGUUAUCCAAAAAACCAAAAUGAUGAGAGAAAUACAUUGAAUAAUUUCUUUACUCCACAAUGUAAAAAUGAAGAUGAACUUCGAAUUCGUCAUUGUUUAGUUAAUCUAAUGGCGAUGAUUCUUCUUGGUGGAAAACAAAGUUUUCUUUGGUCAUUUGCAUUUCAGCCAUUAAAUUUACUACACACCCACGGUUUUGGUACAACGGCUCAACAAGCGAUUGAAGAACAUGGAGUUCAUUAUGAUUGUGGCUGCGUCAUCGAUGAAAAAGGUGAAUUGCUACAAUUUUCAGGCAAGCCGAGUUUAUUGAAUGUACCAGGAACCUAUGUGGCAUAUUUUUCAACCUAUGGGGCUAUGGCCUGGCAUUUACUGUUAUACGAAAAUUCAGUAAACAAUUUACAUGGUCCUGUCUUAGCAAAACAUGCUGUUGGUAAUGCAGAGAAUGGAGGUCGAAUGAUGGGCAAUCAAGAACGAACAAAAGUGUGUCAUUUCGUUUGUGCUCGUCUCUUAUCUACAUAUCAUUUUCUUUGUGUUCGUUUCAAUCAAGAUGAUACAUGUAUACUUAUUAAUCGCUGUUCAGAACAAAUGGCACAUUUAACUCUUCAGCAACAACCAUGGAUUAAACCUGUUUAUGCAACAUAUGAUGAUCAAUUCAAUGCUGAAAGUCAAUAUCAACAACACGUCUUCUAUUCUAUUCUUCAAAAACUACCCAAUUACAAAGCUCAAAUCAAUCAAUUAAAUUUACAAUCAGAGAUUCAAGCAAAUUUACAAAUCUAUAUCGAUCAAAUGCCUAUUGUUGUUAAUUAUGAACAUUUCAAAACUGAACUUCAUAAUCCAAAGAAUUUUUCAUCAUCAUUAAAUAUUUUACGACGUAUUCUAAGUACUACUGGUUUUCUUGAAAUGACUCGAUCGAUUUAUGAUUUAAGUCAGUUCUAUCUUCUUCUACAUCAAACUUAUAGUUUUUUGAUUGAACGAGAUGAAUUCAUUCAAAUAACAUUAGAAGAUUUAUUGAAACGUGCCGAACAAAAUUCAAAUAUUAUCGAUCAACGUCUUCGUGCACAACAUCAUUCGAUCAUUGAAAAUGGAUUAAAAGCUAUCAAUUUAUAUCAUACAUUUACUGAUGGAUUGAUUCAACCAGGAGCUUGUGAUGAAACUCAACAUUUUGAUAAAGUGUCAAUUGAAACACCGAUUCAUUAUUUAGUAACGAAUGAAAAUCAUGACGAAGGUGAUAUUGUCAUGAGAAUUCUAAGUGUUCUUGUUGAUUAUCAUAAUGGUCUAUUGGAUUUAUUAGAAAAGGAGAUAAAAAAUGAUCCUAACGAUCGCAUGACUGUUCCCAAGAGUUUAGUUUAUGAUAUCGUUUCGAAAGAUGUUUCAAUUUUACAAAUCGCUCGUGAUAAUACAGGUGUAAUCACACUUACAUCAAAUGAUGUUUUAUGGUUAUCGAAAUUAUCUCGUGCUAGUUUAAUUAUUGAUAAAGAAAAUUUCUUUGAAAUCAAAGAAAAUUCGUUAGAAUUCAAUUUUCAUUAUAUUCAAUUUUUCAUCAUUCGAACACAUUUAUUACUAUGUCGAAUCAAUUUUCGUCAUAUUGUUCAGAAAUAUCAAUGUUAUAGACGAGCAAAUCAAACGAACAAUGAAUCUGAUAUGAUUGAACUCGAUGAAAAUUAUUCGAAAGAAAUCGAUCGAAAUAAAUUAGAAAUUGAAUGGAAUCAUCUAAAAAAUAUGUUAGUCGAUAAACUUACUAAUGGUUAUAAACUUCUUCGACAAAUAAUAUUAUUAAUUAAAUCUAAUGAUCAAAAUCUGUCACAUUUAAGUCUCAAUGAAUUCUUAGAUAUUUACGCUAAUGAUCAAACUAUUCAUGAACAAUGUGAACUGUAUGAAAUACGAAAUUUUCAAUUAUGUUAUUUGAAUCAUAUUCAAGAAUUGUAUUCUAAUGCUAUUAAUGAUAUUCAAUAUUUAUUUAGUGAUGUUCCUCAUCUAUUACGAACUCCAAUUAAUGAUGAAUUAAAUGAAGAAUUAAAACAAAAGAUUAAAACAAAUUUAAUUGAUAUUGAAUAUAAUGAUCAUGUUGAAAAAUUGAAAUCAACAAUUCAUAUGAUAAGUGAAUUUUUGAAUGAUUUACGUUCGAUUGAAAUUUCUCUAUUUGAACAAUCGACACAAUCAUUACCAAAAACAUGUGAAUAUGUAGCAAUAGAGAGUCCUAUAUUAUCAUGGAUUCCUUCGGAAAUUCGUUGUGAAAAUUAUGUUUCAUUAAGUAUUCAUUUAAUUCGAUGUCGAUCGAUUCUUGAAGAAAAAUUAGUUAAUAUUCAAGAAAAACAAAAUAUUCUAUGGACUGAAGAAAUUGAUGAAAAUCAAAAUCUAAUUGAAUCAAAGAAUACAUUUCUUAAUUAUUUGAAUAAUAAAGAAGAUAAUUCACAAGAUGGAUUCGCUAUUAAUCUGAUUGGCGAAAGUGGAUUCAAUCUUCCAACAACAACAAUGGGUGACAAUUAUCAUUGGAAUUAUGUUAAUCAUUUACUUGAUCAAGAUGAUCAGAAAACAAUGAAAACAACAAUUGAUAAUGAAGAAAUAAAACAAGAUGAAAUCAUUAAAGAUGUCGAAACAAUUAACUAUCCAACUCUGUAUACAAUGCAACUUAAAUCUCUUUCAUUUGCAUUAUCACCAUGGUUUGAUCUAUUAAAUCAAUUGAAAACUCCAAAUGCUGAAGAAGAAAAAAAAGCGAAAUCUGUUAGUAUUAUUCAUCCAGAUGAAAAAAAGACUUCUCAUCUGUUGAGAAAAGAAAAACUUUUUGAACAAUUGCAAAAAAUAUUCAAAGAUAAAGGUUAUUCAUCUCAAACAUUGAUACCUGUCGAUAAAUAUCACAUUGGUCUUGAUCUGAACGAUGAUAAUCCAUCACUUCCACGUGAUUUUCCAUUGGAAUAUUCAAUUCUUCAAAGAACAUCUUUGAUAGAAGUUAAAGUUCAAUAUAAAGAAAAAUCGGUUAAUUAUUUCACGAGAUUGGAAUGUCCAGUGAUCAAUAUUUUCAAUCGAAUAUUGAACGAUCCUAAACUCGGUGUAAAUCUUAAUACUGAAAAUGUUAUCUGUGUCUUCGAUGAGUCUAGACGAUUGAUUUAUGACGGCAUCAUUGGAGAUCUUUUUUCUAUUAAUGAUCAAGAGAAAAGAAAAGUUCGUUUAAUCAUCACAGAAGAAAAUGAAUCGAUUUCAUUCAAUGAAAUUCUCUAUCGAACUGCUCAGGACGAAGAGAGAAGAAUUUUACUUCAUCCAAGUACAAUAUGGCAAAAUUUAGAUAAUUGGUUUCGAGAACAGCCUGUAGCAAAAAAUCUUGGUACGGAAUAUUUCAGUUAUUUUCUCAAGGAAAAGAACAGCAUUGUUGAUGAAACAGAUAACAUUUCCUCGACAGUUGAACCGAUUACAAUCGAUGUGAUUAGUCGAGAUUCAACAAUGAAUGUGAAAAUUUCUUAUGAAGAUGCAUCCGAAAAAAUCUGUGUAUUAAAAGUAAUGAAAAUAAAUCAACUAUUGCACAACGAAAAACUUUUAUUAAAAUUGAAUUUAAAUGUUAAUUCUCUUCGUGAUUGUGUUGUAGCUCUCGGAGAGAAGUCUAAUCAAAGACUUUCAAAUGAAGAAACACAUAAAUCGAUCGGAGAAUUUUUUGUUGAUGAUCAACAAGUAGUGGAAUUUCGUAUUGCUUAUCUCAUUCAAAUUUUAACUCCAGAUAAUAAUGAAAAACCUGAAGAAGUUCUUCUAUUUAACAGAAAAGUAAUGAUCGAAGAAUUAUUUCGAAUUUCUAAAGGAUCUGAUCGUGGUUACAAAUAUCUAACGUCGUAUCAUACAAAGAAAAUCAUUGAUGUUCAUCAACUAUUAUCUGAUGUCAAUGAAACAAGAUUUCUGUUGGUGAAAGAAGAUCAACUUUGUUCGAUUCAUAUUCGAAGAUCGACUGAAAAUCAAUUGAUUUUAAUUGAUGAUAAUGAUGAAAUGAACAGUCAACAAGAUUUUGCUUCAUUUGCUACCAUUGCUGAUGUUUACAAAGCAAAUCAUAUAGAUAAUCAAAAUAAAUAUCUUCUGUUUGAAAAGGAUUUUCUUCCAUCGAUGGAAACUUCAUUAUCAAUCUUCGUAUCAACAUCACCGAUUGAAUUCGAAGUGAGUAGUGAAAAGCUACCAGUACAUAUUAUCGUCGAAAACGGCAUUGAUAAACAAACUGUCAAUUAUUAUAGUUCAUCUCAAACACAAUUUCAUCGGCUGCGCUCAAUCGCAUGUCAACUCAUGCAUUUGAAUCCAAAAUUUUAUCAAUUGAUGUACGAUGGAACAGAACUAUCAGAUGAUGAAAUGUGUUUGAAUGAUCUUGAAACUGUUCCAAAUGAAGUUAAAUUAGAAUUAAUUUGCAUUUCUUCCUUAAAAGCUUCAAUUAAGUUCGAACAACUGGAAGUUUUGAUUCCAUGUACUGAAGAAACUUUAGCAUCGGAGUUGGUCGAAGAAGCUUUGUUAAAAAUGAACUUUGCAAAAAGCAAUUUGUGUCAAUUUGAAUUAUUUGCUCUUGUUGAUGAAGAAAUACAAGUCGAAAUGGAUUAUAAAAUUGAAGAUGUUCGUGAAAUCUUUUCUGAAGAUACUGAAACGAUGAAACUUGAACUUAAAAAGAAAUAG